GCUCAGCUGAUUUGGUUUAGUUGUUAGCAACUGUGCUAAUCUCAGUGACUCGAGCUGCUCCUGUCUCAGUGGAAAAAUACAGCCGAGCAGUGGUGUAUACCUUGAACCUUUGUCAGAGCCAAACAGUUUUUCAAGUGCAGCCACAUGAGCCUGCGGUGCAUCCAUCCGAGAGGAAUACUGAUCACUUUGUUGUUGCCGUAAGCAACUCUCAGGGGAGGGGGGCUUUGUGAUGGAGGGGGAAUUCCUGAAAGGAAGCAGCCGUGAAGUGGCCGGUCACGGCAACACUCUGGCGAAGAAGACUCAGCUGCUGGAUCGUGGCAAAUGGGCAAACAAGUUGGAGUUCCUGCUGGCUGUGGCUGGGACCCUUGUGGGCUUGGGAAAUCUCUGGAGGUUUCCCUAUUUGUGCUACAAAAAUGGGGGAGGGGCAUUUUUGGUUCCGUAUGUUCUGUUUCUCCUGUCCUGUGGUAUCCCAAUGUUCCUUCUGGAGACAGCCAUGGGUCAGUAUACAUCCCAGGGAUGCAUUACAUGCUGGAGACACUUCUGCCCUUUGUUUGAAGGAAUCGGUUAUGCAACCCAAGUGGUGAUUGCCUACGCUGCUGUGUCGUACAUCGUCAUCCAGGCCUGGGCUUUCUUCUAUCUCUUCUCGUCCUUCAGUGCUGAGGUUCCGUGGGCCAGCUGCAGGAACCCCUGGAAUACCGUACAUUGUGUUGAAUUCGACAAAAGGAACGGGUCAUCCAAUUGGACAGCACCUGCUAAUGCGACAACUCCCGCAACAGAAUUCUGGGAGAGACGAGUUUUGGGUAUAUCCUCGGGGAUAGAAAAGAUCGGCAGCCUGAGGUGGGAGUUGGCCUUGUGUCUCUUGUUGGCUUGGAUUCUCUGCUAUUUCUGUGUUUGGAAAGGAGUGAGAUCCACCGGAAAGGUAGUUUAUUUUACAGCCACUUUCCCUUAUAUAAUGUUGGUUGUUCUGUUGGCUCGUGGACUUACUUUGCCCGGUGCUAUUGACGGCAUACGUUUCUACCUCUAUCCUGACCCGACAAGGUUGGUGGACCCUCAAGUUUGGAUGGAUGCAGGUGCACAAGUCCUGUUCUCCUUUGGGAUUUGUCAAGGAAGUUUGACAGCUCUUGGCAGUUACAAUGAGUUUAAUAAUAACUGCUACAAGGAUACAUUUGUUCUAUGUUUGGUAAAUGGUGGCUCCAGCUUUGUGGCGGGCUUUGCUAUCUUUUCUGUUUUGGGAUUCAUGUCCUACGAACAAGGAUUACCAAUAUCAGAAGUGGCGGCUUCUGGACCUGGCCUGGCUUUUAUAGCAUAUCCAAGGGCAGUAGCGAUGAUGCCUUUACCACAGUUGUGGGCCAUAUGCUUCUUUAUCAUGGUCAUCCUGCUGGGUGCUGAUACACAGUUUGUGAGCUUGGAGUGUCUGAUGACCUCCGUGACAGAUAUGUUCCCGACUGUUUUCCGGAGGGCUUAUCGACGAGAGCUGCUGCUGCUUUGUCUCUGCUCCGUUUGUUUCUUCCUUGGUCUUCUUCUCGUUACUGAGGGGGGCUUGUAUUUCCUUCAGCUUUUUGACCAUUACGUCUGUAGUGGCAACAACCUUCUCCUCCUUUCAGUGUGUCAGUCCAUAGCAAUUGGAUGGAUAUAUGGUGCUGAUCGUCUCUAUGACAACAUUGAAGACAUGAUAGGGUAUCGUCCAUGGCCACUAAUGAAGAUCUGCUGGCUUUACAUUACCCCCGCUGUUUGUCUGGGUACCUUCGUCUUCUCCUUGGUGAGAUACAAGCCACUCAAAUUCAACAAAACCUACGUCUACCCAACCUGGGCCUACGCUUUGGGCUGGUGCCUGGGACUCUUCUGCGUUCUGCUGGUGCCUCUGUGGAUCCUCUUUAAAGUCAUUCAGAUGAAAGGCACUGUGUGGCAGAAUCUCAAACAGCUUUGUCAUCCAGAAAACAAGCCCCACAGCCCAGCAAAGCAACCUGAGCAGUACCCGCUGAACCCCAGCAAAUCUCUGGCUCCUUCUGCCAAUGAGUACAAGGGAAGCGGUGGCGUUGAGAUGGAGGCGCAAGUAUGAGACCGUGAAAUUUUUUCAAGAAGGUUUUGCAAGCUGUGUGGUUUUAAGUUCUUGUGCCACAAGAAGAGAUGUUUCAUAAUACCAUUUAUUACUUAGUAGAUUCUGCAUAGAAAUCGUUAAGGUUAACAACCUUAACAUGAAUCAUACAUAAAUCAUUUGUCAUAAUGCCAAUAAGCAAACGGGAACACUUUCCUUGGCGCUGCUGCAGUUGUGUUCUCAUCAAAUUUUGCAAGGAAAUCAAAGCACUGAAAUAUGUUUUACCGGGACUAUGUCCCACAAAAUAUGUGCCUAUUUAAAAGCUUGUGCACCAAUGUAAGAGGAACACUAGCAAAAAAAAAAAAAGAAAACAAACACGAGAUGUUGCCUGUUUUUUGGCAUAAAAAGAAAAUAUUAGUGACAACGGGCGGAGUCCUUGCACCCCUGAAAAUUAGCACUUUCUUUAACAUUUCAUUAUCAAAAAAGAUUAAGAGCAAGUUUGGUCAAUCAUUUGUAUAAAGAUUAAAUUGUGACAUAGGAGUUCCGGUCUGAUGGCAGUGAUUUUUCUGGCUCCUUCACCCAAAAUGUGUUUCUACUACUUCAAUUUCACUUGACAGAUAACUAAUUUAUUGUAAGAACAGGCUCAACUCCCUAAUAACUGAUUUGUGUAUCCAGUGUCAUCACUGCCAAUUUGUUCUGCACAGUUUGCAUUGACAAUAUCAGGCGGAUGGAAUUUUUAAAAUCCUUUGUAUACAUAAUUAGAAUACACAUAUAUUAAAUAAUUUUCAUACAUGAAUUCAGACUUUUGGUACCAAAAAGGUUGGCAGAAUGGAUGCUGUAUGGACUACUUCCACAUUUGGGAUAUUGUGCCGCGCUAACUUUCGGUCGCUAGGCUAACACAUGACAGCAUCCAAGUCUUCAAAGAAAUAGUUGGAAUAAAUCUUUAAAAAGUCACCACUUUGGAUAACAUUUCACCCUUAAAAAGCACCAGCACUGAACUUUUGGAAAUAAUUUUUAUGACGUUCAACCAGGUUGAAACAUGCAGACCGGAAUCUUUACCCUAGAAAAAGCUCCUGCGUUACCGUGCAUAUGGUCUAUUGUUGAAACAAGAUAUGAAAAAAUUCUAUGUUGCAUAAAAUCACGCAAAUGUACAUCUUUUGAUUAGAAUCAUAAAUCCAACUCGUUGAUUCUCCACAUCUUUAUGCCUUUUAAAAACUGUUUACUAAACUUAGUGUUAAUCUCUCUUGUUACACUCACCAAUACAAGUCAUACUAUGUUACUGAAUUCUUCUUAAAAAAUGUUUUAUUUAGUUUUUUUUAGCAUUUACACGAUGUCCGUGUUUGUCUGUCCUCUAUAUGUUGCUGUACGGUUAUGACCAUUGUGUUAGAAACACUUUCUGUUCAAUUACAUGCUCAUUUACAUACACAUACAAUACGUACAUUUUAUGUAUCAUUACACCUGCUCAGUUUAAGAAUGCUAAAACCAUUAAAAUAAUGAUGUGCAGUUAAAACAAAAGUUGUUGAUUUUGAGGUUACGGAAUGUCUGCAGUCCGAAUCCUCAUGCCAAUCAUUCGAUCAAUUGUUUAUUAAAAUAUCUUAAAUGAUGCAAGACUAAUACAGUUAGAUUACAGAGUGACUCUUUGGGAAAUGUAUUGUAAGAAUAAAAUUUUAACAAAGUGUGUAUAUUUUGGAGAAGUGCAAACAUCAAAUAAUGUGCUGUUGAAUGUACAGGCCAAGACCUUCCAGGUGAGAAUGACUGGCUAGAGUCAGACAUACAUUUAUAGGUACAGUGAGGACCAACAACAACAAAAUUGGCUUUCAGGUGAAAUUGUUUGAAAAAUACCAGUUGUGAAUUUUGCCGUUCAGCUCUUUGUUAGAGAACAGCAAUUGUGGAAUCUGCGUUAAAAAGUAUAAAGAAGGUCAAAUAAAGUUCACAUGUCGUGGUAAUAAUGCAUUCUAGAUUUAACCUGAAACUUCAUCCAAAAGCCAAAUAUCCAUUUUUUUUACAAGUAGGAUUUCACGUCUUGAUACUGAAUGUUUGACCGAAAGAAAUCCGUAGCCUAAUUCCAGUGAUGUAAAAUGUAACUGAAAACCAAAUACAGUACAAUGAUUUACAAGUUAAACACACUGCAAAGACAAAAAAAAUGAAUGUUCUAAUUGGUGAACAUUUAGACAACAAUUAAAAGGAAAGGUGAUGUGGUCAACAUGAUAUCUCGUCAUUUUAAGUUGUAUGUUUUUAGUUUCCAUAAUCAUGCUUUAUAGGACCUCUCGUUCACUUCUCGAUUUGAAAUGUGACUUCUGUACAACGUUCAGGUAAAAAAUCAUCUCCGCAGCCAACAUAUAUGCACAGCAUAAUAAAGUUGAUUCACAG